AUGAGUAGCGAUAAUUUAAGAAAAGGAUUAAUAAACGAUAGCUUCGGAGAUUUCGGGAGUUUUGUAGAGACCCUCAUCCCAGAGCAGAAAAAAACAGCCAGAGAAAAAGCAGGAUUUUUGGGCAAAUUGUUUGUAUCCUGGAUUUAUCCAACGCUGUAAGAAUUACUUAUUAGGUUUAGAAAACUAGCUUAAAAACAGCCAUUAGAAGUGGAAACUAUUCAGCCACUUUCAAAAACAGAGAGAUCCUCAUAUUUAUAUGAAAAAUUCAAAAAUUAAUUGAUCAUUACCUAGAGAGGGGAAAACACAAUAUUUAAAGCUUUGUAUUAAACUUUUCAGAAGCAAAUCAUAAUUACUUUUGUAUGGUUGAUAAUAUCAGUCUGUACUUCCGUAGUUAUCCCUAUUAUGAUUAAAAGCAUUAUAGAUUAUAUUACAAAUUAGGAAGAAGAUUAUUAUUAUGCUUCGACAAUUAUCGCUGUUAUUAUAAUAUCAAGAGCAAUCAAUAUGAUAGCAAAUGCCUAAGCAAGACUAGAGAUUAGAUCCUUCGGAUUCGAUGCCUAAUCUGUGCUUUCGGUAGAAUUAAUGAGUAAAAGUUUACGAACUUCUUUCUUAAGCAAUCCUAGAUACACGACUGGUGAAGUGAUAAAUUUGAUGUAAGUGGAUGCAGGGAAACUAUAAUUUGUUACUUAUUAUUUAGGUGUUGCUCUAUUGGUUCCAAUCUAAUUAAUAGUUACUGUAUAUUUAAUGUUUGCUUAUAUUGGAUUGUCAUUUCUCGGUGGCUUCGGAAUAAUGAUAUUAACGGCAGUAUGGAAUACAUUGAUAGGAAAGUUCCUCAUGAAAUACUAAUAGACGAUGAUGAAGGAGAAGGACAAGAGAACCAAUUGUGCAAUACUAGAUAUUUUCAUAAAUCAAUUCUUUAGAGAAAAACUUUUUAAAUUGAGGAAAGCUGAAAUUGAUAUCACCAGAAAGCGUUAUUUUGGAACUGCAUUUUACAUAUUUUCAGUAUGGUUAAGUCCACUAUUAAUAUUGUGUGGGACCUUCCUAAUGCACAUUCUAUUAGGUCAUCAACUAAGUGCUGGUAGUACCUUUGCAAUUAUCAGUUUAUUCUAAAUGUUACAAUAACCUUUGUUGCAAUUGCCAAUAGCCAUCAAUGAAGUCAUGGCUACAAAUAUAAGUUUAAAAAGAAUAUAGAAAUUUUUAUUUACUGACGAAUUAUAAUCUGAUUGCAUUUAGUUUGAUUAUUAUGGAGAUGAAAGAUCAGUUGAAAUAAGGGGUGGUAACUUCUAUUGGUCAACACUAAAAAAGGAAGAGAUUGACGAGUAAGAGAAGAAGGAGUAAGAAAACAAAAAGAAGAAGAAACAAAAGAAAACUAAAAAGUUACAAAAACAAGUCUUAUUUAAUAUCAAUAUGGAAAUAAAGAAGGGGAUGAUGAUUGGCAUAAUAGGAGAUGUGGGAGCAGGCAAGACUUCGAUUUUAUAGGCGAUAAUAGGGGAGAUGCUGUAUAACCCUGAGAAUCCUCCCAAGGUUACGAUAACAGGGUCAUUAGCAUAUGUAGGAUAGAAAUAUUGGAUAUAAAAUUUAACUGUAAAAGAAAACAUCUUAUUCGGAUUAGAGUAUAAGGAAUAGAAAUACUAGAAUGCACUUAAAUAUUCCUGUUUAUCGUAGGAUUUGAAGAUAUUAAUAAAAGGGGAUGAGACAAUGAUUGGAGAAAAGGGAAUAAACCUAUCUGGUGGUUAAAAAGCAAGAAUAAGUUUGGCUAGGGCUAUAUACAGUGAUGCUGACAUAAUAUUAUUGGAUGAUCCAAUAAGUGCAGUUGAUGCUCAUGUAGGUAAUUUCAUUAUGAAUGAAUGUUUAAAUGGAUAUUUGAGAAAUAAAACAAGAAUUCUUAUCACCCACGCCUUAAAUAGUUUACAGUAUGUGGACUACAUAUAUUUAUUGGAAAAUGGAGCAGUAAUUGAGUAGGGCACAUUCCAAGAAAUUAAAUAAUUCAACUAGUUUUAAUUCAAUAUUCCAAAAGUUAUACAAAAAUCAACAUCAAAAUGA